AUGCAGGCACAGAUUCCACAGCCGCCGGCUGGUGUGGCUCAUGCAUCAAACACACCCAAUGGCGCUGCGCGGGACGGUGCGUUCACCGCCACGAUAGACGGUCCACCCAGGGUGAAACCGAAGCAGAAGCGGAAUAAACCUACGCUCUCUUGUCUGGAAUGCGUGGAAAGGAAAACAAAAUGUGAUCGAGGACGUCCCUGUCUGGCCUGCGUAAAGCGGCAAUCGAAUUGCGAGUACACUGCUGUUGCAAACUUCAUCGCAUCUGCGGACCGAAAGAAUAGUGCACCGGGAAGCAAGGCUCGAUAUGUCACGAAACCUCCUGCGAAAGUCAGGAAGACGACUGGUGGUGCGUCGCCGACGGCUACUUGGACUUCUCCGUCCGUCGUCACAGAUAGUGGAUGGGCUGCAUUGGACGCAAGAGGGAAUCGCGCUUCGCAACCGUCAUCCCAAGCAGCAUCGCCGUUCCUCUUCUCAAACGUGCCACAUUCUCAGAACUCACCGAGCAAUGUCUUCGGUGUCGGAUCGCAGCACCCCUUCUCCAACUACUGGACGUGUCAAGGAGGCCUGCCAGAAGUGGUCAGCGUGCUGCCGAGCAAGGAACAGGCUGAUAUCCUCAUCGCAAAUUACUUUGAAGCUGUGGAUCCCGUUUAUCCGAUCAUUCACAGAAGGACAUUCUAUUCAGACUAUGAGCUUUUCUGGUCCUUGUCGUUGGAAGAGAAGGGCGACGCAGAUGCCUCUUUAGUGGCUCUUCAUUAUGCCAUGUACGCCUUGGGCACGCAGUUCAUGCAGUUCCCGGCAUACGAAGAACGCUCGCAGACGGCCGAGUUCUACUGCUCUGCGGCCAACCAGGCCCUACGUGUAUACUCAUACCUCAACCGUACGUCGAUGCGGGCGAUCCAGGCUAUGCUUCUCAUGACCUACUUCUUGAUGAACGACAAUCAUGCAUCUGACGGCUACGCCUGGGCUGGUAUUCACCUUCGACAGUCGUAUGCAAUGCGUCUCCAUCGCGAUCCGUGUCUCGUGGUCCCCGAAGCCUCGGUCCUGGAGAAGCAGCAACGGCGGAAGCUAUGGCAAGCUGUGUUUGUUCAAGAUACUUUUCUCACAAUGCUACUGAAGUUACCGCCCACGGCAACUCACAGCGAUGUUCCGGUAGAAUCGCUGGCUGACGAGAAUGAGCUCAACAACGACGGUCUAGACGUCUGCCUUGGCACCCAUUCACGAGUGGAGAAUCUGAUGAGCAUCAAUGUGAUAGCACCUCAGAUCUCUCAGCCUCUACCACCGCCACAACCUCAUCAUAUAGUCGAGCCGACCACGUCGCGCAACGACAUCCAGUAUAUGCGCUGCAUGUGGCAUCUCGGCAAUCUUGUGCAGGAGAAUUUGGCCUCACCCUUCUCCCUAUCGCUGCCAAUCUCGCACAGUGCGAGGCAUAAAGAAGGACUUAUCGGAGCAUUCAAGAGGCUUUACAAGUCUUUUCCCUCGCCUCUCACAAUUCUGGAUCACAAGAUCUUGCAGCAGCAAGCCAUUAAUAGCCCGAGGCAGGUACGGCAGAAUCUCUUCCUCACAUCAAACUACUAUCACUGCAUGGCCCUAUUGCAGGCAUCCGAGAAUCCUGAAGCCGACGUGAGACCGAACAUCAAGGAGACAUUGGAAGCUGCACAUGAAGCAGUCUCCGCGUUCUUCAAAUUGUGGACCAUCUUUGAGGUUGAAGCCAGUGUAUGGUGGGUAGUGCAGGUGAGUAGAGACGGACGAACCACGUGCUGUCUCGAUCACGGCUGACAGCUUUUUGUAGCAUCGUGCAUUCGAAGACAGCCUACUGAUCGCGAAACUCCUCGCGCUGCCGCUUCCGCCGGAAUCACAGGUGGAUGAGAUCUACGGCAACGCUAAAGAGGAUAUCGCCCGGAUGCUUGAGAUCAUGGAGCAGUAUGGCGGCUCCGUCGAGAUGCACAGGACGAGGAGGGCUGCUUUGGCCGAGGCAUUCGAGCAGAUUGCUGUCUGA